AUGGCUUUACCUGAUGUCGUCGAACAGAGUUCAUUGGAUGGCAUGGGACCAACUCUGUGCGUGUCAUGGUACAACCUGUACGCGCAUAUUAUAAAUCUUCGUCAGAUAACCGCAGGAUUCUGGGCUCAGCGGCUGUCGUUGGAGAGACCACCCAUACAACAGAGUUUCUCGGAAUACCUGGGGUUUACUAGUUCUGCGUCUGCGAAGCUUACGUCGGGUGCUGACGAGCAGUCAGGCGUCGGGUUGUACGUCACUGAUGAUCGCGAGACCGCUGAGAUCUUCGCGCGCAUGAACCAGCGCAGAAAUCCGGGGACUGAACCAAGUGUAUGCGCCAUAUUUGCGCGUUCAUCGGACGACUGGCGGAACGGUAUCACGAAGGUCUUCAUUCCGAACGAACUCGUUGGCGACGCAGAAGACAAGACAGAGAAGGCCAAAUGGGAGAAGAACAGAGUGACAUACCUGAAGAAGGAAGCAACUGGAGUUCCAACUAAGUCCAUCGUAAGGAUCAGUCGCAUCGACAAGUACCGUAAGGACUUUACCAACCAGAAUCAACUGUUACUGCCCAACAGUGUUACAAGCAGGUUCUCCGCCCUCUGCGCCCCUCCUGAUCACCCGAUUACCUCCACCCGUGUCCCACAUAACCGUUUGAACUACUUGUCGACAGAUCUUCAGACAGCAUGGAAAGUGAAGGGUACCGAACACAUGUAG